AUGAGCUGGCUACAGGCACACGACGUGGCCAUUCCCUUCUACGAAGUGCGCGCGGGCAAGCAGGUUUUCGUCAUUCAGUUGAAAGGUCGCCCCGUCCGACAAGAGGUCAAGGCACCGAAUGGAUCCGGUUUGAUCCAGAGUAUGAGCGCCCGACGGAUCUCCCCGGAAGACGAUAAACAGAUCAACAGCAUGACCGUGAAUACGUCCGGGGUCCAGAUCACAGCGACGCGGUCGUAUUCGCAAUUCCGCAAGCUCUGGAAAGACCUGACUCUUGCCACCAAAACACCUUCAAGUGCAUCAUUGUCACGUUUCAAUAGUGCUGGGCCAGUCCACGUCGAUCGUUCAUCGCAUCGCUUGCUGGCCACCUCUCUUCAUUCCCUAUCGGCUUCUGGCAGCGAAUUCUCGUCUUCUUGUCGCUGCCGUAGCUGGAAUUGUACAUUUCGCAGCUUCCACCACUUUCUAAAGAGCUACCCGUUCCCGUCCAAGUUCCAAAUAAAGCGCAAUACACCGUCCGUGCUGGAAAGUCGACGCCAAAAGCUGGAGCUGUUUAUUACAACUCUGCGAGGGCUUUUCGACACGUUUCCUCGUUCAUAUCUCCAAAGCAUCGAUGCGCUGGACAAUUGCCAGGUACUGAUGUCCUUAAGCGCCUUCUUCGGGUUCAAUGAAAAGAGACGCGUGAAUUCGGGACCACGAUUACCACUGCAACUUUCGGUUGAUGGAAGGUCUACUGGAAUAGCUCGAUGUCGAAGACCUGACAGUGUGGUGAGCAUGAGAACCACUUUCUUCAGUGCUAGGAGUCAUGACGGGGAUGAUAGCACGAAUGAUAUAUGCAGCUUCAUCGGUAAAGACUGCAACAGCCAAUCGCAACUCUCAUCCACUGGACAACGUCACCGGAAGAGGGAGUCCAAUUCUAAUCAUCUCAAGAAUAUGGACUGCAACUCCCACCGUCGAGGGGAUCCAGAGUUUCCUGUGUCGCUGAUCAAGUCACAUGAAAAGCAUGACGACGACGACUCUAUGACGUCAGCUGAUCGGACGGUCACCAGGAACUCGACAUCCUCUCAUCGUGCCAAGCGCACUGCAAAUCCUGCUGACUAUUGGUCUCGAUACAGUUGUGGCGUUGACAUUCGGCGCCACACUGUUUUCCUGGCGCGCAAUCCAGUCAUAACAACGCGUCGUGGUGCUGCUGCUUUUGAUACUAAGGCACCGCAAACCUUGCUGCUAGGACUUCCAAAGGUGACGCUUCGAAAUGAAGAAGCUUCAAUGUGCUCGUUUCUCGAGAAAUUUAGAGAGCACCUUUUGAUGGACCCACGAGCCCUUGGAAGCCCUAGCGUCCCGAUGGGAAACUGGAACGAGGAUCGCCAAUGGGAGCUUGCGUUGUUUGUGGCGAGUCAAAUUGGCCAUGCACACGCAGUAGAAUCGAUUCUGUACCGCGGCACGAAUGCGAAUGCAGUGAUGGAAAGUGGCCAUACAAGCUUACAAGUCGCUUGUCGAGGUGGUCAUCGGAGUAUUGUGGCAAUGCUGCUAACCCACGGAGCUGACACAAACAUCACGGACCGAAACGAAGUCUCGCCCUUGCUCUCCGCCGUCCAACUGGGAGACCUGGAGAUCAUGGAAAUGCUGGUGGAAUACGAUGCAAAUGUCAAUCUGCGCAACACCGAUAAUGUAUCGACUGUGCACGUGGCCGUUGCAUGCCAAACGCUGCCCGUACUUCAACUGCUGCUGGAGCACGAUGCCUUUGUGAACACACGGAAUGAUUUCAACGGCAAGACGCCACUGCACCUGGCCGCUCAAUUUGGUAAUUUGCCAAUGUGCAAGCUGUUAAUGAAUCACGGAGCUAGUAUUCAUCACAAGACAGCGCGUGGGCUGGACGUUGUGGAUCUUGCUAACUCACAUGGCCACGAGAACAUCGCGAGGUAUUGUAUCAGCUUUGCUAAUCACCAGAGCAAUAGUCAUCGGGGAACGGCUUCGACGAAGCAAACAGCUAAGGUGGGUGACUGCACUUCAGAGUUUUCUCAUGAAGUCAAAUUUGUGUCUGAAGAUGGUCACGCGUACGCUGUUCUGUAA